GAUUGUACGAUACACGAAGUCGAUGGUGGAGUCUUCCUUCGAUUAACCUUGGCAAGGGGCCCGUGAGGCCCAUAGUCCAAGGUUCGCUUCGGGCUAGUGUUAUUCAUAGGAAGCAAAGCCAGUCAGUAAGUCUCCUCUGCUUUUACUCUUGUUUGCGGCACUUAUAUCUUUCCGUAAUGCCUGGAAAACCAAAGAAAGUGUGCAUUGUUGGAUCCGGUAACUGGGGUUCAGCAAUUGCCAAAAUAGUUGGUACGAAUGCCCAGCAACAUGAUAACAUUGAUGAACGUGUUACAAUGUAUGUUUAUGAAGAGUUGAUUAAUGGGAAGAAAUUAACAGAAAUCAUCAAUGAAACACAUGAAAAUGUAAAAUACCUUCCUGGAAUCAAAUUGCCACCCAAUGUGGUGGCAGUUCCAGAUGUUGUGGAGGCUGCAAAAGAAGCAGAUAUCCUUGUAUUUGUCGUGCCACAUCAGUUUAUCAGGACUCUGUGUUCAACGCUACUUGGAAAGAUAAAGCCCACUGCCGUCGGACUGUCACUUAUCAAGGGUUUUGACAUUGCGGAGGGAGGCGGCAUUGAACUCAUUUCACACAUCAUUAACAAGAACUUGAAGAUUGAAAUGAGCGUGUUGAUGGGCGCUAAUCUAGCAAAUGAAGUGGCCUUGGAGAAGUUCUGUGAAACAACAAUUGGGUGCAAGAAUAAACGUAUAGCACCAGUACUUCGAGACAUCAUACAGACGGAGUACUUCAGAGUGGUUGUGGUGGAUGAUGUGGACACUGUUGAAGUUUGUGGGGCUUUGAAGAAUAUCGUGGCAUGUGCAGCUGGCUUUGUGGACGGCCUCAGACUGGGCGACAACACGAAGGCGGCUGUUAUCCGUCUUGGUCUCAUGGAAAUGAUAAAGUAUGUUGAUGCCUUCUAUCCUGGUUCAAAACUGUCGACUUUCUUCGAAAGUUGUGGCGUAGCUGAUCUCAUUACAACUUGUUAUGGUGGUCGAAACCGGCGCGUAUCAGAGGCCUUCGUUACAUCAGGGAAGAGUAUCGAGCAACUGGAAAUUGAAUUACUUAAUGGCCAGAAACUUCAAGGACCAAUCACUGCCUUAGAAGUUAAUUUUGUGCUUAAAAAUAAAAAUAUGGAGGAUGGGUUCCCUCUAUUCACAGCUGUACAUAGGAUUUGUACACGUCAGCUUGAACCACAGAAAUUGAUAGAAUGCAUUCGCGAGCAUCCGGAACACGUGAAAGUACGAAACGGAUUGGUUCCCAUGAAGUGUUUUCUUUAAGUGUGUUAUAUCCAUUUAUGUCUCUUAAUAAUGUUUCAUAAUGAAACAAGGGAAUGUUGCAAUGGAGUGGUGCAUGUUCUUGCAAGUGCAGAUGCUACCGGAGAUGAAGGACAUUCCGAUAAUGUGUGGAAAGUGUAUAUGUGAAGGAGGAGUGGUCGUGUGAUCGUGGUUUGUUACUGGCUUUUUCAGUGAUGACAAAAAGGACGAGUGUGAAUUUUUUUCAGAGGUUCUGCAGUGUAUUAACAUGUAAUACUAUUUUGGUAGAGUAUGCUCGUUUAUGUACGUAAAUAGUUCUGUUUGAGCAGAAUUUCAUAAUGAAUGACUGUGUUUCGUUAGUGGUGAUUUGAAACGUAAAGAAUGUAAGUGAAAUUAUGUUGAACAUCAAAUAUUUUAGGGAGUUGUAUUUUGUAAUGAUAUAUUUAUGGGAUUAGCAAUUGGAUGUAAUUCAGUGGUAUCACUAGCAUAAUUGUUUUGUAGUUUAAAUAUGAUUUUAUUGUGUUGGUUGACAGUGUCGGCCAGUAAUUUUUAAUUAGAAAUAUCUUGCUCGUAUUUGCUUUUAUGGACAUCAAAAAAGAGAGGGAACUGAAAUGGUUUCUACACAUUUCUGGACAGGAAUAUAAAAGAUGUGAGAUUUAAAAUAGAAAUUGCAGAUUCUAAACAACUUCCUUUAUGUUAUAAAUUGGGGUGUAGCCCUCAUCUGUGAGGUAUUGAUGCUAUUGUGAGAAAUAUGAGUUGUUUAAAGUCACAGGAUUAAAGUACUUGAAAAGUAGUGCAAUGAUUCAUAAAGUUUUCUAAACAAAUGAGGUAUUAUGCAGUCCCCUUCUCGUCUGGAAUUGCCACUGAACUAGACUAAGGUUUUCUAUGUCACAGGGAUACUGAGAUAUUCAAUGUUCUCUUUCGUCAGUACUAAUCUUAACAUGUUUACGUGUGAAUGGGUGUAGUUGUUCACCCACAUGAUGGUGGUGGUGAUGGUAUAAAAGGGACACUGGAUCAAGGA